AUGGCGCCAGCUGCACAAGGCGGCGCUGCGACUACAGCCCCAACAAAUCCGUCAACAGCCGCUCCCUCUCCCCCCUCGCUCUCUCUUCCCCCGUCGCAGUUCGCUCGACUUCAACCUCACGCCUACCUUCUCGCGCACUUGUCCCCUCCUCCCUCGAGCAACCAACCAUCGAUCCGGGCUAACGGGCGAUCGCCGCUGGAAUUCCGUGUCACAUCCGCAAAUGCUGGCUCCCUGACGCAUACGAACGGCAGUGCGGUGGUCAGAAUUGGCGAUACGGCCGCAGUCUGCGGCGUGCGGGCGGAAAUCCUACAUACGGAAGAUAUUGCCUCGUGGGGGGUAUCGUUGUCCUCUGGUGCGAGGAAACGGAGGAAAACCGGGACAGCGAGUGAUGAUGACGAUGACGACGACGAUGACAGCCAAAUUCGAGAUCUCAAUCUCCUGGUACCGAAUCUCUCGUUGAGUACGGGGUGCGCGCCGGGAUUCAUACCCGGUGCUCCGCCGUCCGCUCUCGCACAGUCCCUCUCACACCAGAUUCUCUCCCUGCUACAUACCUCGCGUCUCGUCCGUGCAGAGGACCUACGCAUUUGGUACCACCCGCCGGAUCUUUCCGCCAUAGAGCGCGAAAAGGCAGGCGACGAACGGAUGGAUACCGAAGAAGCAGAGGAGCGCGUCUCCGGAGCACCACCUCCAGAAAUCAAGGGUUUCUGGGUCCUCUACAUCGAUGUCCUGAUUAUCUCUCUCGCUGGAAACCCCUUCGACGCCGCCUGGGCGGCUGUGGUAGCGGCGUUGCGGGAUACGAGGCUGCCCAAGGCAUGGUGGGAUGCAGAUAAUGAUAUGAUUCUGUGCUCAGACGAGGUAUCAGAGGCGAAGAGGCUGACUCUGCGAGGAAUGCCCAUCGCCAGCUCGUACUGUGUUUUUGAAGCGGACGCGGCAGCGAACUGGAGGGCCGUCGUCAUUCCUGACGCGGAUGAGGAAAAGGAAAGAGAAAAGAAGGGCACAAAACCGAAGAGAUGGAUCCUGGCCGAUCCCGAUGGAUUUGAAGAGAACUUGUGUCAGGAGCGGAUAUGUAUAGUCGUUGACCAAGAUCGAAAAGCACCUCAGAAGACGAAGAUCGUCAGCAUGGAGAAGAACGGAGGCAUAUCUGUGGGGAAGGAUGAGCUGAGAAAGCUCGUGGAUGUCUCUGCACAAAGAUGGGCGCAAGUGAAGGGUAUUUUGGAGGCAUUAUGA